AUGUCACAUGAAGAGGAUAUAGUUCACAGUGUAACCGGGAAUUUCGGGCGAUGGCAGUUACGCACCAUAAUUUUAGUGUUUUUGUGUAAAAUCCCCACCUCCUGGUUCAUGGCCUGUGUCAUUUAUACAGCACCAGUUCCACAGAAAACGGAUUAUUAUUGUAAACCCUCAUUGAAUAAUAUUCCUUUGGAGGAAAAUGUUUCCCACCCUCACACCGAGGAAUGGAUACACAAAUCCUAUCCCGCACGUGAAUAUCAACAGAAAACCGAUCGUGAAUUUCACAUCGAUCAGUGUUAUAUACGUAAACCCUCGUCGGCAGAGCUAUCGAAUUACACAAAUCCAUUUGAUGAACCUCAGCGAGAUCAGAAUUCUGACACGAUUGUACCUUGCGAUCAUUUUGAACAUAUUUCGGAAUAUAAAUCCCUAAUAACGGAAUUUGAUUUGGUUUGCUCACGUCAGCUGUUGGUAUCCGUUACGCAGUCAUUUCAUGCCCUGGGUGCCUUGAUUGGUGGAUUUUUGGCAGUGAAGUCGUUGAGAAUAGUUAGUCCCAAACGUCUGAUGCUGUAUGGCAUGAUUGGCCAAAUCAUCUGUGGCAAUAUGACGGGACUGGUUUCCACUUUCGUGCUGCAUGUCUACUAUCGCUGUUUGACAUCCAUAUUUUGUGCCUUUAUGUAUACUUCGGGACAAGUUAUAUGUAAGUAUGUCGAGGAGGCGGAUAAACAUUUGCAAAUCAUAUUAUUGAUAUCCUAA